UACAAUGCAGCGGGGCUGUAAUGUCAGCGGCGGGCAAGAUUAGAGCAUCUUCACAAGAGUGCUGAAUCUGUUUAUGGAUUUAAUGAUGAUGAAAAAGAAGAAAUUCAAGUUCAAGGUGGAUUUUGAGCUGGACGAGCUCUCGUCGGUCCCCUUCGUAAACGGUGUCCUCUUUUGUAAAGUCAGGCUGCUGGACGGCGGGUUCUCCGAGGAGUCUUCUCGGGAGCCAGUGCAGGCCAACUGUGUUCGAUGGAGGAAACGGUUCUCUUUCCCCUGCAAGAUGAGUGCCAACGCAGGGACGGGUGUACUGGACCCUUGUGUGUGUCGUGUGUCUGUCAGAAAGGAGCUGAAAGGUGGGAAGGCAUAUGCAAAGCUUGGUUUUGCAGAUCUGAAUUUAGCAGAGUUUGCCGGCUCAGGGAAUACAACCCGCAGAUGUCUGCUGGAAGGCUAUGAUACCAAAAAUACUCGCCAGGAUAACUCCAUUCUCAAGGUUGUCAUCAGUACACAGCUCAUGUCAGGGGAUCCCUGUUUUAAAACGCCUCCCUCCACAGCCACAGUGAUCGGGAUCCAGGGUGAUGGAGAGAGCCUGCUGGAGGAGAGGAGGGGAGGAGACUCACAGAAAGGCUGUUCUGCAGAAAGUCGAGAGGGGAAGUGUCCUGUGGUUUCUGAUGAGCUUGGGGGCUGCGGUCACUCCCGAACGUCCAGCUAUGCCAGCCAACAGUCCAAACUCUCAGGCUACAGCACGGGUCACUCCCGCUCCUCAAGCAUGUCAGAGUUCAGCCACCGGAGAAACCAUUCAGUGGGAAGCACCUCAACGGGCAUCGGCAGCAUCCCAGAGCCCAGCGAGGACCAGGACAGAGAAUCCAGACCCUGUCCUGCUCUACCUGAACACCCAGUCCCCACCGCCACCACUAGCAACCCAGCGGGUACCCCAGUACGGAGCGCCUCGUCCUGUGAACGACUCAACAGACACCCAGUGAAGCAGGACUCCAUGGAAUCUCAACUUAAGAGAAUGGACGACACACGGGUGGAUGCCGACGAUGUUGUAGAAAAGAUUCUCCAGAGUCAAGACUUUACACCCAGCCUACUGGAUUCCAGUGCUGAAGAGGAAGGCUUGCGUCUAUUUGUUGGCCCGGGAGGAAGUACAGCCCUUGGCAGCCACCACCUUCCCACCAGGGUUGGUGCUGGAGCAUACGAGCAGGUGGUGAUAAAGCGUUAGACCCGCAGCCUCUUGAGGUGGAGUGACGCUGCUUACAUCAAAAAAACUGGAGGCAGCGCUGCAUCCAUUUCAAUCUGCAUUCCUACAGCACACGUUACCUGAUGAGCACAGUGUCUGACCUGACCGCUCUGUGAACAGUUGACGUGACAACAGUGCCCUCCUGUGUUCACAUGUCCUACAUGACACCGUAGCUCCCUGAUAAGGUUUGUAAGAGCGAGAGGUAGACAGUUAUCGUCUCAGUGUAAACAUACAGGUGUGAAUUAAGAGAGGUGAAUAGAUUAUCCUCAUCUUUUUGAGGUCAACAUCUCGACUCAGCUUCCAAAGCCACUCUAUUGAAACAGUUUGGAACUGGCAGAAAAUGACUGAACGUUGUCUUCAGUGAAGGACGACCAGGACAAGCUGUGUGUGCAUCAUCAGAACAAACUGAAAUCUACACUGAAGAGGAGUAUGCGAUGCGUUUUCAAUACAUUCCUUUUGUCUCUCUGUGUUUGUUUUGGACUUGCUUUUCAAACAGGACAUUCUAUUUAAUAUCUGCCUAUAAGCUGCUAAAAAGCUUUAGUUGUUGGCACUCUGAUAAUUGUUGGUGUUUUGAAGGUGAGAGGCAUCAGACUUGAACUAUUUGACGUGUGAACGUGGAGGCUUUAUGAAUGUGUAUGUGUCUACUAUGUGGUAAGACCACUUAUAUCAGUAGUAACGGUUAUCCUGUUAUCUCGGAUGAGUGGAGGGACAUGACUUGAUCUCUUGUAUGGAAUGCUGUAUUUAUACUUGGACAGACGAAAUGGGAGAAAAUGGCAACUUGCUUACUUGAUUGAAUAGCGGUCCUUGUCCAUGUUUGUUUGGCACGCUGCUGAGGAUUGUUUUAGAAAAUUCCACAGUACUAGUCUGCCCGACAAAGGCAAAACGCAGUAACAGCGAAUUUUUUUUUUUGCAUUUUCUUCACCAUAUAAUCAAAUAUAAUGUUGAAAUGAAUAAAUUCUUUUAAAAUUUGCAGUUACCAGUAAUUGGGGAUUAAAACUAAUCCAAACCAUAGUUCUUUGUAUUGCUUCCCAGGCCGCAGUAACUACACUUAAAGGCAAAACUAAAUUUACUCACUGAUUUUUUCCUGAGGAAAAUUUAAAUGAAAAAUAUUUAUUUUGUUGACCUGACAUCUGGGUAAUUCAGUUUCUUAUAAUGCAGCUAACCCUCAACUAUUUUAGGAGAUCUCAGUAAAAUCCACCUUUGCUUUUGAGUGAAAUUCAUGUGCUUUGGUGUAAUUAAGCUACGUCCCUUUAAAUCACAUUUAAGUGUAUUCAAUUGUUAAGUAUCUUAUUGAUUUCGAUAUAUUAAUAAAUGUACAGACACCCAUCAAAACAGAUAAAUUACUUCUUAUCUACCGACUAUGAAUAAUGAAAAUAAAGUUUAUUUUCUUACUUGGUUAAAAAGGACAGGGAAGCUGAAAGAACACAUUUUCUUGGUACAUGCUUUGUUUCCCCCUCAACUUCCCUAAAGGUCAUCUGAACACAGACUGCAGUUUCUUUUUUAUGUAUGAUUUUUGAGGUACAAGAAUCACCUUCUGUCCAGCCCUUUUUCUCAAAUUCACUGCUUAUAUAUGUUGCUGCUUCUCUGCCUUUGUAGAGCGGUUAGUACCAAAUUUGGGCUUUUAUGAUGAAUCUAACUAUAGAAGAUGCCCAGCAUUUCAGCUAUGUAUCCAUUGUGUUAGUGAAGAAAUGGAAGAUUCUGUGACGUUUUAACAGUUACAUUAAUGUGCAACUGAUGCUUACUGUAGUUUAUUUCACUUUAGGACUGUACAGUGAAGGACUAGUUAAGUAACCCACUGCCAUGAAGAAAAUGCACCUGUCCUUAAAAAGACCCAAGGUAAUAGUUUUGUGUGUGUACAUCUCCUAGCAUCAGCUGUCUUAUAACCAGUCUAAUAACCAACACAGUCAAUACAGGACUAGUGCUACAAGCGGAAAUAUAAUCAAACCCAGUAGUCUCAUGCAUGUUAAGUGUUUGCAUUUCUAUCUUAAGAGGAGAUUAAAUGCAGAAGUUGUUCAGUUUAUUAUCAAAUUAUCCAAAGUGCAAAACACACUGUUAUUACCUGGGAAACUGUCAGGCCUAUGCAGAAGGAGAAUACUAGACACAUUAUAACGAGUGACAACAGACUGUACAGUAUCUGAAAUCUCUUGUCAUAAGCCAUAAUAGAGGUAUGAUAGCUCCUCUAGAUGAACUAUAUAUAUUUGUUAUCAGUAUCUGCACAAGCGUCAUCAGUGUAUGGUGUUUUAACUAUACGUCCGUGUUCUGUUUCUAUGUCAGUGUGUUCUGCAUGAAUACGAUGUCCUUUUGUUGGUUUGCAGAACUUGACACACUGUCGUGUUUUUCCUAAUUUGCUAUUGUGCCAUCUUAGAAACUCAAUAUUUCCACAUCAAAGGAACAGUUCAGCUGGCCUAUUUAGCAUGCUGAAAAUCAUUUUGUUCUCAUUACUUCAUGUUGAAAGCAGAUAUCUGCACAGUGUAUGAUGUAACUGUAAGUCAGUGUUCUCAUUUUGUUUUUAUUUUUGGCGUGGUUUAAAUGUCCUGUGUUAACUCACACGGUAACGAUCUCGUCUUUGUUUUCGAAUCUUUCAUUGCAGAUAUUGUGCCAUAUUUUUGCUAUUUUAUUGUUAAGGACAAAAAAAGUGUUCCCACUACAUAGUUAAGAGUGUUGAGUAUAUGAUUUAUGGCUACCAAAUAUCAACUGUUGGAGAUUGUUUUGUGUUUUUUGGAUAAAGAUCAGUUGUUUUACCUGUGUGGCACAGGUGUGUUCAUCUUGGUACCUAACAUGUUGUUACAAACAUGGUUUCUUCUUCUCUUCUGUGAAGCUAUUGUCUAUAUGAAACUGUACAAUGGAUCCUCCUGUAAAGUGAUGUUCUGCGCUGUUCUGACACUGUCCAGUGUUUCCUGUUACAGACUUGUUCUUUCGACCAACAUUUGCUUCCUUAACAAGUGUAAUGGAUGCUUUAAAUGUUUACCUUGCACUGUUGAAUAAACCGUUGAAAACCUUG